AAUCGAAAAUUUGCAAAUGGCCGCCAUGUCAAAAAAUUUAUCCGAGUGUUGAAAAAUUAGUGAAAGAAUUUUAUUUUCUCCGGUUAUAUUUUAAAUUAAUAUUGUUUAUUGAUAAGUCUGUGUUAAAAUUAUCGGUAUGAUAUCCGUUGAUAAUAAUAGAAGUCAUCACAAGGAGAUUCAGGAAAACAAUGAACAAAAUCCUGAACUCUAUCCAAGUAUUCCUUCUGCUUAUGAUGCUCCUAAGGAAUGGACCUACACAAUGAGAAGGAGUAUGCAGGAAGUUGUUCCUGGAUUGUAUCUUGGUCCUUACAGUGCUGCAAGUCGCUCAAAUUUACAAUCUCUGUUAGAUUGCGGAAUAACUCAUAUUGUAUGUGUUCGACAAGACAUUGAAGCUUAUUUCAUUAAACCCAACUUUCCGGAAAGAUUUAAAUACUUAGUGUUAAAUAUCGCUGAUGUUGCAACGGAAAACAUAAUUCAACACUUUCAGAAAGUGAAAACAUUCAUCGAUGAAGGUUUACUAUCAGGUGGUCAAGUUCUUGUGCAUGGAAAUGCAGGAAUAUCAAGAUCAGCAGCUCUUGUUCUUGCUUACGUUAUGGAAACUUACGGCUUGACCCACGUGAGAGCCUACACGAUUGUUCAACAAAGGAGAUUCUGUAUAAAUCCAAAUGAAGGCUUUAUGGCUCAAUUAAAAGAGUACGAACCAAUUUAUCAAGCGCAGAAAACAUUAAAGAAUGGACAACAAAGUAGAACAACGCAGAGAUGCAAAAGGAGCUAUCAUCAAUUAGACACGGAAUUUAUACCUGAACCGAUGGAUAGUUGAUAUCAGACAGAUUAAUGCCAAAGUUACCAGAAGACUUAUCCUAGUGUAACAACUGAUAUUAGUUAGUGUCUCGUACAUUUCUCUUUAAAAAAAAAACAAGUUCAAACCAAUCUGACUGUUAUCGAAAAAAAUAGGCCUCUCUAUUAAUCAUUAACUUCUUUCUUUCUUUCUUUGUCUUGAAAGAAACAAAUUAUCAUUUUUAAGACUGAAGAAAUCUUCCUAUUUUUCAUAUAAAUAAUAUGAUAAACUAAGAAUAACGUGAAAUUAAUAACAGUCAAUAAGAAUUGUAUAUUACAAAAAUAUGCAACUAGUAGAAAGAAGGUUCGGGGGGUUUUUUUUUUUGUUUAAAAAAAGAGAUAAUCGUGAUUUAUUUUAUCAGAAAUUACUGGAUUAAAGUCUUUUCUUUUUCGCGACUAUUUUUCAUUCAGUUAGGCGCGAAAAAUUUAAAAGUCAAAAAUAUAUAUCUAUUGUGUUCAAAAAAUGCGCUUUAAAUACUCUUUCAGUGUUGUAGAAAUUAUUAUUAUUAUUAUUUAGUUAAACUUUUUAUACGUUUUCAUUUAUUUAAAUUUUCUAAAAAGAAAAAAAAUUAAAAUGUGUUUUCUAAGAGUUAAGUAACAAAAUUUAUCUAUAAAUAGUGAUGGCUAGUUUAUAAAAAAAAUUCUUGUUUUGUCAUAAAUAAUUUUUUCUUUAAUAUAUUACCCAUUUCAUUUAUCGAUUAAAACAUGAGAAUAUCAGUCAUAUCGGUUUGAAUGACUCAUUUUCCUAACCGAAGUAACAGCGAGUGCGUAUUUCUGUAAUAACAAAAAAAGAAAAAACAAACGCUUAGUGUACAAAAAGUAUAUUUAGGAAUUUCUAUAAUAUUAGAAUCGAUGAAUGUAAAAUUACUCUUUAAAUGCAAACAUCACAGAACUAAUAUUGUAGCUUUAAAAGCUUUCCAUAAAAAAAAAAAAAGAAAUUUCACGUACUUUCACACUCAUAUAGUAUUUAACGCAUCAUUAGUUAAAUAGUCUUUGAUAUAAUUAGGAUAAAAUAAUUCUCUCUAAAAUGAAAAGAAAGAAAAAUGAAAACAGGAAAUUGUAUUCGUCUCACUAGUUACUCUAUUUAUUUAUUAAGCAAUUAAGUUUUAUUUUAUAAUAAUUGUUACAAGUUUCUUAAAUUAUGAGGAAAAGAAAAAGGAAAAAAAAAGAAUAACAAAAGUAGAUAAUAAUUUUUCGUGAAUUUAGAAAUGUCACGUGUGCUGAUGAAACAUGAGUAGUUCUUAAACAAAUUUUUUUAAACAAAAUACUUGGCUCUGUGAUCACAAAUAUAUUAUAACAGCGAUAUUUAUAAAGAAAAUAUAAGUACUAUCAGAUUUUCA